AGUAUUACAUCGAUCAAAGGUCUAUCAUCAAUUGAUGAGAUCACACCAUUAAUGGAACCUCUGAAACUCAAUUACCCUCUCUCUCUCAGCUAGGAUGGUAGUUGGCUUGAAUUUACUUUCUUCAGCCAUUUAUUUAUUGAUAAUUAUAAAUGACGUAACCAAUAAGAUGUUUAAGAAGUAAAAACUGAUUAAUAUAAUUACUUGGAUUCCUAUAGGUCCUUUUUAAAGUUAUAAAUGACGUAUCAUAACUCUAUAUCCGUCUCUUCAUAUUCUUCUCCCAUCUCCAAAAUUUCCUUUAAAUUGUUUUAAACAACCCUAAAGCAGUUAUGGAUAAUGAUAAAGGAUGCAGAAGGUUCAUCUUGGUUGAUGAUGAGUACAAGUUCUUCUUUGAUCAUCAUCUUAGUGGUGGCGACAACACUUUUCUCCCUCCCUUUGACGAUGACAAUGUGGAAUCUGAAACUCGUAGUCUUGGUUUCAAGGUUUCUGGUGGUUCAAAAAGAUCAAAGAAACCAAUCAACAACAGAGUUUCUCAGAAGAGAAAGAGGAAAGAGAUUGGGUCCGAGGAUGAGGCUUCAAGAGCUGUUCCGGUAGCUACAACUAGAGAAAGCAUUCAACGUGACAAUAGAGCUUCUGAACGAAGAAAGAGGAAGAUGGCUGAGUUUGAGUCCGCUAGUGUUUCAAGGGCUGUUCCGUUUGUAAACAUCCAACGAGACAACAAAGCCAAGAAAGUGUCAGUGUCAAAGGUUGAGACUUCACGGGAUGUUCCGUUGGUUAGAGACAAAGAAGUCAUCCAACGAGACAACAAAGCUAAGAAAGUGUCAGAGUCAACAAAGGUUGACACUUUAAGGGAUGUCCCGUUGGUUAGAGCUCAAGAAACCACCCAACGAGACAACAAAGCUAGGAAAGUGUCAGAGGCAACAAAGGUUAACACUUCACGAGAUGUUCCGUUGGUUAGAGCCAAAGAAGUCAUCCAACAAGACAGCAAAGCUAAGAAAAUGUCAGAGCCAAAGGUUAACAAGGAUGUUCCCUUGUUUAGGACCAAAGAAGUCAUCAGAAGAGACAAAAGGGUUGCUGAACGAAGAAAGAAGAAGAUUGAUGAAACUAAAGCAGCAGGGACUUCAAGGGUUGUUCAUGUGGAGAAAGUAAAUAGAGAUGUAGACAAGACUCCAAGGGUUGUUCCAGUGACACAAAGCAACAAAGGAGUUUCUGUUGGGACAAGGAAGAAGAAGAAUGAAGCAGCUGUGGAUAAAGACUACGUGAGCUACCUCACAUGGCUUGUAGACUCUCUUAAAGCUUCCACAACUACUGUUCCUGUUCAGUCUGAAAAGGAUCUAUUAGCAAAAGUAAAGGUUGAGCAAGAUACUGAGUCUUGUUCUCAUGAUGAUGAUGAUGAUAUAAUGGUUAGUGAUUCCCCUUUCUUGAGUGGAGAUAGAACUACACCUUUUGUGGUGUCCAAGAGCAAGACAGUGAUUGAUCUCGAGAAAGAUAGUACAGAGGACGAGAGUAGAAACUGUGUGUUUACAAAAGAGCUAAUGGAAGCUUUGGAGAAACCAUAUGAUAAAAGAGAGUUGUUGAAGCUCUUUGGUGAUGUAUCAAAGAAAAAACCAGUGAUUCGGUGUAAAGAACUGAGAAAUGGAAGAGUAAAGAAUUAUGAGACUUCUGAGUUGGCACCUUCUUAUCUUGAGAAAGUGUCUGAUUUCGAUAGAGAAUACAAGCGUGUGAAUGGUGAUGAUAAGGCGAGAUUGAAGUUGCUGCGUGGUUUUUUCUUCUACUUGAAGAAUGUUGCUCGUGCUGGUUCUUUCAAGCCUUGGUUGCCAGAGAACCAAAAGAAGCUUGGACAAAAGAAGCAAUGCUUGCAACCAUAAGGGGCUGUGUAGUGAAUCUUUUGGGUUAAAUAAGCAGGUUGGUGUUGUUUUGAAUCAGUGUAUUGUCUUGUUUCUUUUGUAGUUGUUGUUGGAUGACAAUAUGAUUCAGAGUAGUUUAUUGUUCUCCAAGAAUCUGUUAUUAUUGAUGCAAGGUCUCAGACUCUUGUUCUCAUAAGACUAAAACUAGAUUAUGCAAUUUAAUUGAGUUAAAAGGAGGGUAAUAAUCUGAUAUAGUAAAGCAGGUUGAUGUAGUUUUGAAAAAGUGUAUUGUCUUGUUUCUUUUGUUGUUGUUGUUGUUGUUGGAUGACAAGUAAUCUAAUAUUAUUGAUGCAAUGUCUCAGACUGUUGAUCUCAUAAGACUAAAACUGGAACUAGAUUAUGAAAUUUAAUUGAGUUAAAAGGCAUUAGAUUUGAGGAUGAUGGCGUUGGGGGUUUGAACUCUGAAUGUUGAUUUAAAUAACUUUCUUAUUUAAUAAGAAAAAAACUGAGAAGACAAGAUUGUUAUGCUUUCUAAACUAACAGAGAGAACAAGCAGU